UGUGAACUGUUGGAGUUGAGUCACUGCAGGAAGUGACCGAGAGUGGGAGGGGCAGACAUCUGUUUCUGUUCACAGGAAGAGAAACUGUUCUACAGUCACUGGGACCUGCUGAAAUGGCGCAGCAAGAAAUUCAACUGGACAGAGAAAGAUUCUGCUGUUCGAUCUGUCUGGAACUACUGAAGGAUCCGGUGACUACUGUGUGUGGACACAGCUACUGUCUGAGCUGUAUUAACAACCACUGGGACAAUGGGGAUGAGAGUGGAAGCUACAGCUGCCCUCAGUGUAGACAGACCUUCACACCGAGGCCUGUCCUGGGGAAAAACACCAUGUUAGCUGAUUUAGUGGAGGAGCUGAAGAAGACUGGAGUCCAAGCUGUUCCUCCUGAUCACUGCUAUGCUGGACCUGAAGAUGUGGUCUGUGAUUUCUGCCCUGGGAAAAAACUGAAAGCUCUCAAGUCCUGUUUGGAUUGUUUGGCCUCUUAUUGUGAAAAACACCUCCGGCCUCAUUUUCAGUUAGCUCCUUUUAAGAAGCACACGCUGGUGGAACCCUCUGAGAAGCUCCAGGAGAACAUCUGCUCUAGUCACGAUGAGGUGAUGAAGAUGUUCUGCCGCACUGAUCAGCAGUGUAUCUGUUAUCUCUGCUCUGUGGAUGAACAUAAAGACCACGACACGGUGUCAGCUGCAGCAGAAAGGACUGAGAGGCAGAGAGAGCUCGGGCGGAGGAGACAAAAUAUCCAGCAGGGACUCCAGGACAGAGAGAGAGACUUGAAGCUGCUGCAACAGGAAGAGGGGGCCAUCAAUAGCUCUGCUGCGAAAGCAGUGAACGACAAUGAGAAGAUCUUCACUGAGCUGAUCCGUCUGCUGGAGAAAAGAAGCUCUGAUGUGAAUCAGCAGAUCAGAUCCCAGCAGGAAACUGAAGUGAGUCGAGUCAGAGAGCUUCAGGAGAGACUGGAGCAGGAGAUCACUGAGCUGAAGGGGAAAGACCAUGAACUGAAGCAGCUCUCAGACACAGAGGAUCACAACCAGAUUCUACACAACUACCCCUCACUGUCACUCAGUGAAUCUACACACUCAUCCAGCAUCAGGAUCCGUCCUCUGAGGUACUUUGAGGACGUGACAGCCUGUGUGUCACAGGUCAGAGGUCUACUACAGGACAUUCUGAGUGAGACAGAGACAGAGAUUUUACAGAUUGUGUCUCAAGUGGAUGUUUUACUGCCACAACCAGAGCCAGAGACCAGAGCUGACUUCUUAAAAUAUUCAAAGGAAAUCACACUGGAUCCAAACACAGCACACGAACGUCUGUUAUUAUCUGAGGGAAACAGAAAAGUAACUUAUGUGACUGAAGAACAGCCUUAUUCUUAUCACCCAGACAGAUUCACUGAUUGGUAUCAGGUCCUGAGUAGAGAGAGUCUGACUGGACGUUGUUACUGGGAGGUGGAGAUGGGGGGGAGAGCAGUUGGUGUAGCAGUAUCAUACAAGGAUAUCAGCAGAGCAGGAAGCUCAGGUGAAUUAAGAUUUGGAUUCAAUGAUAAAUCUAGGGUGUUGUUGUUUUCUUGUCAUGCAAACGUGUGUAAAUUUCAUUACAACAGCAUUAAGACUUCAGUCUCAGGUCCUCUCUCCUCCACAGUAGGAGUGUACCUGGAUCACAGGGCAGGUGUUCUGUCCUUUUACAGCGUCUCUGACACCAUGACUCUCCUCCACAGAGUCCAGACCACAUUCACUCAGCCUCUCUAUGCUGGAGUUAGGGUUUGUUAUCCUGGAGACACAGCUGAGUUGUGUGAACUCACUUAGACUGGAGUCAUUAAAAGCAGUGAUUUAGAUUUUGUGUUUAAAUCUUUAACUUCUUUUGUCUUCAUGUUUGUUGAUCAAAGUUCAUCGUGGUGAUGUUUCUGCUCCGUACAGAGAUCAGCUUUCAAUCAAACACUGCCCUUCCUUUAUCACACAUAUUUAGUUCUCACUUUGUAAAGACAGAAAUCUAUAAUUACACUGACAUGGAUGUGUUUGAAAGAACUAAUGUUGCUGUUGUUUUCUAAAUCACUGUAGAAGUAAGGUUCUGUAAUGUUUUAUAACCUGUGUUGAGCCUGAUCCUCAUCAUGAGCUGAUUAUUUGUUCUUUUCUUUUCCACAUGUGAGAUGGAGCUGAAAUAAACUGACUGUGUGUCCAUAAAAUCACUGAACAAGAGUCACUGAACAGACUUUACUGAUGAAAUGAUCAAUGAACUCAGAGCGUCACCAUGUCCAACAGAUCAACUACACUCUGGUUGGAUUUACAGAUCAUCAGUGUGAUGGGAUGAUUGGUCACAUUGUAAAUGUGGAACCUGGUUUGUUUUUAUCACGGCUCAUCUCUGUAAAGUGUGAAUCCACUCGUCCUCAUUGUAUUUACAUAUUUAGUGAACAGGCAUAUUUAUCUGCUCUAUCUAUCUGUUCUUUUGAUUUUCAUGAUCUGACCUAGCAGUUCCAUCGGAGAGUGUCCUGAUCGAGUGCCUCUGUGGGUUUGUUCUGCAGCUCGCAUCACAUGUGUUUCUUAUACAUGUUUAUAUACAUUUACAUCUCUUAUAUAUGCAUAAAGCCAUACAAAUUUAAUGUGUGAAGAAGCUGAAGGUUGAAAUAAAGAAUAAAUCCAGA